AUUGCAGGAGAUAAUAAUCUUCUGUCAAAUGGAAGAUCUGGUAAAGGCAGUCAACAAAAUGGAUCUAUUGAAGUGGUUCAAGGCAUGGUUGAAGAGCUUGACAGUGCCGAGCACAUCCCACCUCAAAGUGUUGAUGUGUUAGUGAGUGAAUGGAUGGGCUAUUGCCUGCUCUAUGAGUCAAUGCUCACCUCUGUACUCUUUGCAAGGGAUAAGUGGUUAAAGCCUGGAGGUGCUAUCCUUCCUGACACAGCUACUAUGUUUUUAGCUGGAUUUGGAAGAGAAGCUACCAGUCUCCCGUUCUGGGAAGAUGUAUAUGGAUUCAAUAUGUCUCAUAUCGGCCGUGAGGUUGUUGAGCAUGCUGCCCGCUUUCCCAUUGUUGAUGUCAUUGACAGUUCUCAUAUUGUUACGAACACAAAAGUUCUUCAGACGUUUGACCUGGUGACAAUGCAACCUAAGCACAUGGAUUUUACAUCCAUUGUUGAACUGGAGCGUUUGUCUCAAUCGAACAACCCGUCCGAUUCUAAGUCAGAAAUCACUUGGUGUUAUGGAGUUGUAUUGUGGUUUGACACCGGGUUUACUGAGAGGUUUUGUCGUGAUAAGCCUGUCAACUUGUCGACAUCACCCUAUAGUCCAAGCACACAUUGGUCACAGACUAUCCUCACAUUUCGAGAGCCAGUCGCAAUGGCAUCAAACUUUGUUGGUGAGAAACUGGCACCUGUUGGUACCGAGGACUGCCCUGCUGCAAGAAUACAAUCCCGUGUAAGUGUUGUUCGAUCUGUUAAACAUCGCAGCAUUGACAUUUCAAUGGAACUCACUGGAAUCGACCCUCAUGGUAGAAAACGUAACUGGCCUGCGCAAAUCUUCCAUAUAAACUAGUUGUAUGUGAGUUUAGCUUAUGAUGAUUAAUUUCGUUUAAAAUGAGAAUUGAUUGUAUCUUUAUGUGAAUUGGCUGGAUCUUGUGAUGAUUUGUUACAACGUAGAAUCAUUGAAUUCGACUUUGUUCGAUUUUGAUAAAAAUAAAAGUGUAAUUAUGUUGAAA